GGUGGUGCGCUCUUAUCAACGACCAGUGAACCUGGCUAUCACUUUAUGCUGCCAGUUCUCACCUCGUUUAGAUCAGUUCAGGUAAAUAAACAUUUGUUAGCCUUAACUGUUAUCAUUUAAACCUCCAGGUGAAAACUAAGAUGUUAGAAAUAAUUUUAUUGCUUUUACCAAUAUUUUUACAAAAUUGUCAUAAAUAUUUAUCACUUCACUUAAUUUUGAAUAAAUAUCCUUAAAAAAAAAACCUUUAAAAAAAACAGUAUUUUUAUCUUUAUCCUACAAAGACUACUCUGCAGACAGAUGAGGUUAAAAACGUUCCAUGUGGAACAAGGUAUGUACUUCAAUUCUCUUAGGGGCCAUCCAUAUAUUACAUAGCUUCUGAGGGGGUGUGGGGUGCUCCACAAUGUUUUGAUAAUAUUAUUAGCUCAGUAGCAACUUGAGUCCAGGUACCUGUGGUUCUGUGCAUGACUUAAUUUGUGAUAUCGUUAUUGAACCAAAGACAGUCAUUAAAGAUAAAAUAUAGGUACUUUUAUACAUGCUAGGCUAAUUUUUAAUGUGGUUUACAGAGACUUCGUUUGCUUUUACGUCAUAAUUGUCUAUAAAUAAAUUGAAACAGGUGGUAGUGGAGGUGUUUAAAGCGAAUUUGUAUGUGUGCAUGGUGUUGGGGGGGGGGGGUCAAUAAAUGUAUGGGGGCAUGAAAAGAUGAAUUUUUUUUGCAUAUGCAAUAUAUGGAUGUGCCAUUAAUUAAAAAUAUAUAAGUAACCUGCUGUUUUUAAACUGAUCGUUCAGUAACACUUAAAUAGAAAACAGUUUUGAUUGAUGCAAAUAUAAAAAAUGUAAAACAAUUUCUCUAGCUUUUACGUCAUAAUUGUCUAUAAAUAAAUUGAAACAGGUGGUAGUGGAGGUGUUUAAAGCGAAUUUGUAUGUGUGCAUGGUGUUGGGGGGGGGGGGGUCAAUAAAUGUAUGGGGGCAUGAAAAGAUGAAUUUUUUUUGCAUAUGCAAUAUAUGGAUGUGCCAUUAAUUAAAAAUAUAUAAGUAACCUGCUGAUUUUAAACUGAUCGAUCAGUUACACUUAAAUAGAAAACUGUUGUGAUUGAUGCAAAUAUAAACAAUGUAAAACAAUUUCUCUUGCAGUGGUGGUGUCAUUAUAUACUUUGAAAGGAUUGAGGUCGUCAAUAAGCUGGAUUCAUCAGCUGGUAAUAAACUGUUUAUGAAAAUCAACAUGUUAUUUUUGAAAAUUUUUAUCAAGUUGUUAAUAAGAAAUGCACAUUAAUAUCUUGAAUGAAUCUCACUAAACAUUAUUAUUCUUUCUAUCAAGUUUAUGACAUUGUGAAGAACUACACUGCAGAUUACGACAAGACAUUGAUCUACAACAAAAUUCACCAUGAACUGAACCAGUUCUGCAGCAGUCACAAUCUUCAAGAAGUUUAUAUUGACUUGUUUGGUAAAUAUUUGAUUUUGAAUAGGUGAUUUAUUUUUAAAAAAAGCUGUUAAGCAAAAAAAUACAAUUAACUUUUAUUUUAACAAAUAAAAAAUUCAAAAAUAAAAGUUAAGAGUUCAGAGGAAAUAAUAAAACACACGAAAAGGCUUAAAUUACAAAGUAUAUUUGUAUGCUCAGAUGUUGUUGAGCCUUCUCGUCCAUGAGGGGCAUCCACCGAUCAUCGUCAGCGUCUGCGGUUCCUCCAAGGGCAUAGGCCACCUACGAGAGACCUCCAGGCAUCUCUAUCCUGGGCCAGCUUCUCCAGGAUCUUCCAUUCAUGGCCAAUUUUCUUGAUGUCUGUCUCCAAUUCUCGGCACCAAGUGUUUCUUGGACGGCCUCUUUUCCGCUUACCCUGUGGGUUCCAUUUCAGGGCUUGCUUUGUUAUGUUAGAAGCAGGUUUUCUUAGUGUAUGACCAAUCCACCUCCACCGCUUCUGGAGAAUCUCUUCCUCAAUGGGUUUCUGUUUUGUCCGCUGCCACAGUUCCUGGUUGCUGAUUUUGUCUGGCCAGUGAAUUCUGAGAAUCCUUCUUAGACAGUUGUUGAUGAAGGACUGGAUUCUGGUCAGGUUUAAGGCCGUUGUUCUCCAUGUCUCGGCUCCAUAUAGCAGCACAGGUUUUACCAUAGAGUUAAAAAUCCUUACUUUUAACUUGCUGCCUAAGUUGUUAGAGACCCAAACAUUCUUGAGUUGUUGGAAGGCUGCUCUUGCUUUUCCUAUCCUUAUUUUGACGUCCGCAUCUGUACCACCUUGUUUAUCUACCAUGCUGCCAAGGUAAACAAAACUGUCCACCUCCUCAAGGGCUUCUCCUUCAAGCAUAAUGGGUGAUGUACUGGUGGCAUUAACCUUGAGGAUUUUACUCUUCCCUUUGUGAAUGUUGAGACCCAUGCUAGCAGAAGUGGCUGCGACAAUGUUUGUUUUCUCCUGCAUCUGUUGUUGGGUAUGUGCAAGAAGUGCAAGAUCAUCAGCAAAGUCAAGAUCAUCCAGUUGAUCCCACAAGGUCCAUUGGAUGCCAUUCCUUUUCUGCUGUGUAGAUGUUUUCAUCACCCAGUCAAUGGCUAACAGGAAGAGGAAUGGUGACAGCAAGCAACCUUGUCUCACACCAGUCUUCACCUGGAAAGCAUCUGUCAACUGCUGGCCAUGGAUAACUCGGCAGUUUAUCCCUUCGUACAUGUUUCUGAUUAUAUCAGUAAUCUUCUGUGGCACCCCGUAAUGCCUUAGCAAUCUCCACAGGGUUUGCCUGUCAACACUGUCGAAGGCUUUUUCAUAGUCAACAAAGUUGACAUAGAGCGGCGAGUUCCACUCUAGUGACUGCUCUAGAAUGAUGCGCAGUGUCGCUAUCUGGUCCGUGCAGGAUCUGUUGGUGCGAAAGCCGGCUUGUUCGUCCCGCAACAGAGGGUCUACAGCGUUUUUCAUCCUGUUAAGUAGUACACGGUUGAAAACCUUUCCUGGGAUGGACAGCAGGGUGAUCCCUCUGUAGUUCGAGCAGGAGCUUAAGUCUCCCUUCUUUGGGAUCUUGAUAAGGUAUCCCUCUUUCCAAUCGGAAGGAACUUGCUCCUCUUCCCAUAUCUUCAUAAACAGAGGGUGUAGCAUUUCCACACUGGUUUCCAGGUCCGCCUUCAGUGCCUCUGCUGGGAUGCCAUCAGGUCCCGCAGCCUUUCCAUUUCUGAGUUGUUUAAUGGCCCUGCUAAUCUCUUCUUUGGUGGGACUAUUACAGUCAAUUAGCAGGUCAUUAUCGGCUGGUUGGAUAUCUGGUGGAUUUCUUGGUUCAGGCCUGUUCAGGAGCUCUUCAAAGUGCUCCUUCCAUCUCCCUCUCUGUUGCUCCUCACUUGGUAUGGUGUUUCCCAUUUUGUCCUUCACUGGUCUCUCUACCUUGCUAAAUUUCCCUGACAGCGUCUUAAUGGUAUCAAACAGUUCCCUCAUGUUCCCCUGGUGAGCUGCAUCCUCUGCUUCUUUAGCAAGAUUAUCAACAAAUUCCUUCUUGUCUCUCUUGAUGCUUUUCUUAACUUCCUUAUUUGCAUCUGCAUACUCCUUCUGGGACUUGUUUUUCUGUGCUCGGGUGCGGCUGUUAUUCACUUCUGAUUUCUUUCUUUUCCUUUCUUCUAUUUUAUUCAGCGUACCUGCUGUCAUCCAUUCUUUGUGUGCCUUUUUCCUGUUUCCUAGCACUUCUUGACAUGUUGACUGGACUGUUUCUUUCAUGCUUUGCCACUUUCCUUCGGUGGUUUCAUCUUCAAGUAUUUCUUGUAGGACUUGGAACUUAUUGAAUAGUGAGAUUCUGAAUUCUUCCUUUUUGGCUUGGUCCUUCAGGAGGGAGGUAUUAUACCGAGUCCUGUAUGCUGUUUGCUCGGUAUAAUGUCUCUUUAGUUUUAAUUUCAUCCUGGCCACAAGAAGAUGAUGAUCUGAGGCAAUAUCAGCUCCCCUCUUAACACGUACGUCUUGGAGAGAUCGCCUGAAUUUUUUACAAAUACAUACAUGGUCUAUUUGGUUCAUCGUUCUCAUGUCCGGAGAGACCCAUGUAGCUUUGUGAAUCCUCUUGUGCUGGAAAAUGCUCCCCCCUAUGACCAGGUCAGCUGUGGCACAUAGGUCCGCAAACCUCUCACCAUUGUCGUUCAUCUCGCCUAUCCCUUGCUGUCCCAUAACCUCUUCGUACCCUGUGUUGCUAUUGCCGAUCUUGGCAUUAAAGUCUCCCAUGAGGAUGACGAUGUUCCUCCGUGGGCGAUCCUGGACUAUGGUCAUUACUCUAUUGUAGAAUUCUUCUUUGUCUCCUUCAUCACUUUCAUUAGUUGGUGCGUAGCAUUGUAUAACAUCUAGGUUGAUGCUACGUUUCUUUGUUCGAAAGGUUGCUAAAAGAAUUCUAGGUCCAUGGGCCUCCCAUCCAAUGAGUGCUCCUUGUGCUGCCCUUGAUAGCAUCAUAGCAACACCCAGGGUAUGUGGGGCAUUGUCUUCUUCGUGUCCCGAAAAUAUCACCAUCUCUCCUGAGAUUAAUCUCUUCUGUCCCCAUCCAGUCCAUCUUGCUUCACUAAUUCCGAGAAUGGUGAGCUUAUAGCUCCUCAUCUCAGCGGCUAUUUGUGCCGCUUUACCAGCCUCGUACAUGGUGCGGACAUUCCAAGCGCCAAUGACGGUGGUAGUCCUGGUAGAGAUGAUGGUUGUCGGCUUAAUAGCUUCCAGGUUUCGGCUUUCACUAUUAGGCGUCAUAUUUUCCUCCUCAAGGAAUCCAUCCUCUCCCAGGACUGAAAUGUCUUUUGUUACUCUUUUCGGUGCUUUUGUAACUAUGAUUUUUUACAUGGCAGGGUUGUUGGCCUUGCGCACAACCACUUGGGGGGUUGCCCCUCACAGCUCAAUGGGUAGCUGCCUUUGUUCGGGUUAGGUCCCUAGCCUUUGUGGAUCCCUCCACUUCCUACAAGGCAGUAGGGCUGAUUUUGGUCCGCCCCGGGUAUUUUAUUUCCCCGGUACCCUCCAUAUCUGGCGGGCUUUCCCCUAUCCGCCGGCUGGGGAGGUGCUCGAUAGAAGAUCAGCAUCUCCCACAAGAUGCUCAGAUACAUCUGUAUAUUUUUACUAAACUCUGCCAGAAAUGCUUUUAUUCAACAACUUAAAUGUGUGACCUAAUGUUAUGUUUAGAUCAAAUUGAUGAGAAUCUUCGUAAGGCCCUGCAGUCAGAACUCUAUGAGAUGGCACCAGGGUUAACAGUGCAAGCUGUGCGUGUAACAAAACCAAAGAUCCCAGAACAGAUCCGUAAAAAUUAUGAAGCUAUGUAAGUAAUCGUAAUUCAUUUCCAAAUAAAUAAAACUUAAAUAAUUUUUUUGCCAAAUAUGGGACAAACUCAGUUUUAUUUUUUUACUGCUCACUUUUUUUAUAAAUUUGAAACUCUUCUAUACAGGGAGGGAGAAAAAACAAAACUCUUAAUAGCAAUACAGAAACAAAAGGUAGUGGAAAAGGAAGCUGAAACUGACAGAAAACGAGCCAUCAUAGGUUAGUCUUCUUUUUUUUCCCCAAGUUUCUUAAGGAAAUUAUUGUUUCUUAACUAUCAGGGAUUAUUCUGAAAGCUGUAACCAACGUCAAAAGACAAAAUCUAUUUUUGCAUAGGGGCUAUGCACAUAAAUAAUGUGAAGGGGUAGGGGGGGGGGUGGUUAUCAUUUUAUUAUAUUGUGUUAUAUGGGUGGUGUGGGGGUGGUUAAGAGCAGUUAUUUAACAAUUACUUGUAUUUAUUUUAUAAAUGAAUUAUUAUUUUUGUAAAAUUUCUGCUUUUCAAAUUUAUGAAAUUACCCAGGUAUUUAAAAUGAUUAUUCUUGCUUACAAUAAUUAUCACAAUCCCUGGCAUUUUACUUGUUGCUUCUUGUUUUUGGACUUAGUUAGGGUUUAUCAGAGGGGGGAGGUUGCUAGAAAUAUUAUAUAAUAUUAGGGCGGUGGUCAAGGGAAAUGUUAUAUAAUGUCAUAGUGGGUAGGUAAUAAGUGUCAUAUUUUUGUGUUAUAUAAAAUGAUAGGUGAUUUUUACUCCCAUGCCAAGUGGGUUGGUGUCUUUCGGCUUUAUGGCUCACCUUGUCCCUUUGAACAGUCAUCAAGCAGGGCUAUUCAAUCUAUUAAUUCCAACUACUUAGUUGUAGCUUUGUGAAACAUCUGGCUAAUUUAGCCUGUAUAAAAUAUUUAUCCAAUUUAAAUAUUACUUUUACUUAGCAGUAAUAACGAAUUAUAAAUAUGAUUUAGGGGGAAAUUUUUGUAGGAAGUUAUAAACUUUUAAUUGCUAAAUUUCUAUAUUGCAGAGGCUGAAAAGGUGGCCCAGGUCUCAAAGAUCCAAUGGGAACAAAAAAUUAUGGAGAAGGAGUCUGAGAAGACAAUGUCUGAAAUUGAAGGUAUGAGCCAAGCUAUUUUGAGGAGGACAGAUUGUUUUCUGAUUAGUGAUGCACCAUAUUAUAAUUGGCAGAUUACUGUUACUGUCUCAAUUAUAAUCUUAUAGCUGAGAUAAAAAACUAGGCUCUUUAAGUACAAUGGUGUUAAAACACAAAAAAACUUUUUUUUUAGUGCUCCAAAUAAAAAGCCCAAUGAGGGUACCGGUAAUUGUUAAGAUUAUGCGAUUAGUAUAGAGUAGCUGUGACUGAAUUUAUUUAUAGACACACUUAAAUCAUGAUGUGCUGUUUAGAGUUAGUGCAAUACAUUGUAUCAGUGGCGUAGCUAGGGUUGGUGUCACCCGGUGCGGUAAACUCAUGGUGUCACACACACACACAUACCAUUUCUCUCCACUUGAAGAUCAUAAGGUCAAUGUAUUUAAGAACUGUAACAACGUUAAUUUUUAUUUAUUUUUACAUCAAAUUUACUUUCAUUAAAAUUUUCUAUUCCUGGUCCUCAAAGCUGCAAACCUGUCAAUCACUUGAUCAAAAUCAAUAUCCUUCACCAUAUCACUUUUAAUUGAUAGCAGAACCGUAUCAAAAAGCCUAGACUGUCCCAUGGUAAAUCGUAAAUAGUUCUUGAUAAGCCUUAGUUUUGAAAAGCUCCGCUCACAUUAGGCCCCAGACACACAGAUCGUAAGAAAUAAUUGAAGGCUUAGCGAGAGUAUUGGAAGAGAUUCUAGGAAGUCCCAUUCAACUAUGAAUUUCAAAACAUCAAAUACUGACCCGUCCAUGACUUUGUAAAAUUAAAUAUCAGCUGUCUUUGGGUGUCUUCUAAGCCUUGGUAUUUCUUUUAAAAGUUCAUCUUCUGACAACUCAUCAUAGAAAGAGGUUAAUUUUGGAACGGACAACAAUAACUCUUCUUCCCUUGCUGAUACUAGACUCUUGGGUUGAACAGCCCCAAACAUAUCGUCUACUUCCUUGAUCGCUGAUGAUCUGAUCUGGAGUUCAGACUGAAAGCGAUCAAUACACUCCAGCAUCUCCCUACUGUUUUCUUCGCGCAGAGCGAGUCCAGCAUCUAUUAACGGUUCUCCUGCCAUUCUCUUCUUAAACCUUUAUCUUCUCUCUGCUGAAAUUCCACAUUGGUAUGAUUUUAAAAGUGCCUUUUCAAUAGCAUGUUCCACCAAGUGACAGCGCUUCUCAUGCAGAAACAAUCUUAAUGCCUCUAGGUUUGUCACCACUUUGUCUAGAGUAAAGCCUGUAGUCUGCAGAUACUGCUGUGUAAGAUUAACUUCCUCAAAUAGAUCAGCCCAUAGGUAAAGGUAGCAGAUAAACGUGUCACAGACUUCAUGUAAAAGACCUUGUGCUUUACCUCUUGUUUACAAAUUUCUAAGAGGAUCACACAGAGCUUCAAUCCCCUCCACACAUUCAUCAAACUUAUCUUUCACUGUUUUAACAGCAGCAUUAUAAGCACUCCAACGUGUUGUUGACAGUUUUUUCAACCACAUCCCAGUGUGUUAGAACCCUCCAUCGAUGAGUGGAUGCAGCAAAGAAGAAAAAUAUUUUUUAAAGAGUUCCGAAAAAUGUAAUACACGAAGCAUUUUCUACAAAAGAGUGUUGACCACACAAUUUAAGCGAAUGGUACACGCAUCCAUUAAAAAUCGCUUUCUUAUUAUUUCUUGUCAGAAUGGCCUGAACACCUCCAUGGAUUCCAGACAUUGUAGCAGCAUUAUCGUAACCUUGAGCUCUGCACAUCAGUAUGUCUAAUCCAUCACAUUUUAGAUUUGUAAGAAUGUAAGACCUGAGGUCAACAGCUUUUUUCCCCUUUAACGGGAAAAAUCCAAGAAACACUUCUCUCACUUCAACUUUCCUAUUGUGGAUUUUCACAUAUCUGAUCACUUCAGUCAUCUGUUCAGUGUGUGAUAUAUCAGGUGUACUGGCGAACAUAAUUCCAAAAUACCUUAUAUCCAUGAAAAGAAUCUCCUUCACAUGAUUUGCAAGGAUAUUUAUAAAUUCAUUUUGGGUUUCUGAUGAAAGGUAAGAUGUGUAUGCUUUUUCUGUAGAUGCACUUCUCUUCAGUCUCAUUUGGUGCUCUUUUAGCACCGGGUCAUAUUUAGAUAGCAUCUCAACCAUUUCAAGAAAAUCUCCUUUAUUCAGUGAAGAUUCAUCUUCGUUGUGGCCAUGAAAUGCCAGAUUUUGCCUCGCAAGAUACAAUGUGAAGUCUAGCAACCUGUGCAGGAUAUCCCUCCAUUUUUUUCUUCUCCCUGUCCAUCACAGCAAUACUUUCGGCAUCAAUUGUUUUGUGUAUCCUAAGUCCUGCUGCCAAUACUUUUCACUUUUCAAGGCAACAUAGGUGCUCUUCCGAUGUUUCAUGAUUUUGUAAUUUUGGGCUCAGUAUCCACCACUUAUCCAGUUACCAGUAACAAAUAUGGAUGUUGUUUCUGUAACAUUAACAGCAAAGAAUCUGCAGCAAAAACAGUACAAUUUCUGACAGACGAGUGAAUAAACCAUCCAUGACCGCAGUAUUUUCUCGCCAUUUGGCAUCAUCCUGUAGAACCAUUGUUUUGUUAGCUAGCGCAAACCUCCUUUAGAUUUCGCAUCUUGCCUUGUCACUACGCUGAAUAGUCCGUCCUUGUUCUGAAAUGAGGUACUCCCUAUUUUAACAAUUUCAGACCGAAAAUAAUCUGGAACUGGUACAUUCCAGAAAGAAGCAUCUAAUAAUUGUGCCAGUUUUUCUCAUUAACCAUUACAUUUACAGUAUCUUGGUUUGAAUCUACAUUGUCAGCAGACAUUAAGUUUCCAAACUAUCAAUGUCUUUUACUUGUAUUUCCAUGUCAUUCUUUUCCAUUUUCUCCGCUAUUUGUUGUAUAGAACGCAUGCUGCUGGUAUCGAGAGAAUCAGUAUCAAUGGUAGGCUGAGGAACGUCUUUUUAUGAACCCUGACCAUCAUUUGGUUUCUUGACAUAUCGAAGCAUGUAUUCUGGUAAUGAUUUUAUUGAAUCAGGUAUUUUCUUUUUUGCUUUUCGCUGCUGGCAGCCACUCUGCCGUUUAGAUUUGUGCACGCCGCGUGGCAUGAUAUAAUAAUCUUGAACAAUAAACAUGUUUUCAUUUUGUCGUGUUCAAGACAAAAAGCAAAAUAAUUACUUACGACAAUUAAAAAAAAGCAGAGUACUAUCAAAAAUAAAACACAGAGAGGUGGCAGGUAAAACCCAAUAGUCAAAAACUGACAAUUGUGCUAACUGUUAAGGCGGGACGGUACAGGUACUAGUGACGAGUCUGGAAAAAUAUUAAAUUUUCAGUAUUUCUGGGUUUUGAUAUAUAAUAUUACAUAUGUCUUCAAAAAACUUUUGUAUUUAAAAUUUAAUAAAUAAAAAUUAAUCAUUUAAAGACUGAAAAUUAUACACAACAAUAUAUUUUUUUAACCCUAUAAAUGGGUAAAAAUUUAGUUUUAAUAUUGUUGAUUUUUACCGAUUCAAUAUUUGUACUUAAAAUAUCCCUGCCACAUCAUAUUUGGUAUCAAUGGAAAGCCCUAUUUCUCAGAAUUUAGAUAAAUAUAGCUUUCUGUCACUUACGGAAGUUACCGAACACUUCAAUUGGCGCUAAGUAAUGACUGUAUUUUUCUGACCUAAUUAUAAGUUCAUCUCAUAUCUGACGCAUCAACCUUGAACUUUUAAUAAAGCAUGCAUUUGGAUUGGUUACAUUAGUUAAAAAUUUAUUUGUGAUCGGAUAUAUCCUUUUAGUAAUCUCGUUUAUACUGAGCAGUGUGUGCUCUGUAAAGAUGCAAUUUUUCAAUAGGGUGUCACCCCUAAAAUGGUGUCACCCGGUGCGGUCCGCACCCCCUAGCUACGCCACUGCAUUGUGUAUUUGGAGUUAAGAGGUUAAUAUUUGAUUAUUUUCGUAUAAUUAAUUACAUAUUAUAAUUUUUAUCGAUAACCAUUGUUUUAACAAUUCUUUCAGAUUUUACUCAUCUUGCUAAAGAAAAAGCUAAAGCGGAUGCUGAAUUCUACAAAGCUGAAAAAGAAGCAUUGUCCAAUAAGGUGAAAUCUUGAUCUCUUCUUUCCCAAAGGUUUUUUUUAAAUGUAACUUGGAUCUUAUAUUGAUAAUUUAAAAUUAUAACCAUCUAAAAAAUAAUUAUUGAAGUUAUUAUUUUGUCACAAAGAGUUGUUUUUAAAUAAAAAUGAAUAUUAUAUACAUUAAAAUCAAACUUAACAAUAUGUUAAAUAGAAAUGAAAUUGAAACUCAUUAUUUUAUUUAAUGUAUAAUUAUUUUUUUUAAACAAACAGUAUUUUUGCAGAACUUUGAAAAAAGGUUUGUUCUUUAAAUGCAGGUUAAAUUAACUAAAGAAUACCUUGAGAUGCUAAGGUAUCAGGCUAUAGGGAGCAACACCAAAAUCUAUUUUGGAAACAAUAUACCAAGUGUAUUUUGGGACCCUGCUAUUUCUUCAUCUAGUCAAUCC